AUGGAAAUUGCAGGGGGAUUUGACAUCAUUAACAUGAUCGCCUUUUCAAACAAAUCCAUCCAGAGCGUGAAAGUUGGAAGGUUGGAUCCCAAUGCUCCAGAUGGAAAUAAAUUGAUUAUUAAUGAAAAUAUGAUUGAAUGGCACAAAGCUUUUAAGCAGGUAGCUACUCAGAGCUGUCCUGGAAGUGAUGCUUUCCUUGUUCCACAUGAGUGGUACCAGCCUGGAGACUUCAUCAUUGGUGAGAUGGUAUCCCACAUAGAAUAUCACCUUUAUGAAUUUAAAUUUAAUGAAAAUCCUUCUAUAAAACCUUAUGAAAUACCAAUCGUAAUAACCAAAUUUCAUCAGCAUGCCCUUGCCUUGGCCUUUGCUGUGAAGGAGAUCAAUGCAGACGCCCAGAUCUUACCUAACAUCACUCUUGGGUUCCACAUCUAUGAUAGUUACCACAACCCAAGGAUGACCUACCGUACCACUCUGGACCUCCUUUUCAAAUCCCAGGAAUUUGUCCCUAACUACAAAUGUGAUAGCCAGAAGUAUCUCAUAGCUAUCAUUGGAGGAUUGGAUUUUGAUACAUCAUCUUAUAUAGCUGAAAUUACAGGAUUCUUCAAGAUUCCACAACUUACAUAUGGCUCAUUAGCCCAAGAGGAAUUUGAGACCAGUAAGCGAUCUUCACUUUAUUUCAUGGUCCCAAAAGAGGACCAUCAGUACAUUGGGAUUAUCCAACUGCUUCAUCAUUUCCGGUGGACAUGGAUAGGGAUAUUUUCCGUUGGUAACAACAAUGGAGAAAAUUUCUUACAGAAAAUGCAGUUCUUACUUUCAGAGAAUGGAAUCUGCUCUUCAUUCAUACAAAGGCUUUCACAAGUAUACCUGGAAAACUUCCCAGAAGUUUAUCAAACAAUCUCAAUUAUUUCAUGGAAUUGGAUAAAUAGCAAAGCCAAUGCAUUUCUUGUCUACGGAGAAGCAUUGAUAAUUAUGUGGCUAAGAAUUGUCACAUUUAUGGUAGAUCCUGAAAGUAGGGAAAUUGCAUUAUUUAGAAAGGUGUGGAUCAUGACUGCACAGAUUGAUUUCAUAUUAUCAGGAUUUCAAAUCAACUGGGACCUCCAGAUGUUCCAUGGGGCUAUUUCCUUUACUCCUCAUUCCAGAGCAGUUGUAGGUUUCAAGGAAUUCCUUCAGACCAUAAAUCCACUUUCAGUCUAUAGAGAUGGGUUUCUGCAGGAAGUUUGGGAACAAUUAUUUGAUUGUUCAUUUCCAAAACCAGAGUUACAAGGAAUUCACAGUAGAAAAUGCACUGGGGAGAUGAAGCUGGAGAACCUUCCUGGGCCUGCAUUUGAACUGGCAAUGACUGGCCAAAGUUACAGUAUCUACAAUGCUGUUUAUGUUGUGACUCAUGCUUUACAGGCUCUAUACAAGUUGAGAUUCAAUAGUAAGACAGCUACAAUGCAUAAAGAAUUUGAUCUUCCAAAUCUGCAGUCUUGGCAGCUUCUCCCAAUUUCUAGAUGUAAUAACCCUUGUUUCACUGGAUACUGGAAGAAAGGAAUUGAGGGGGAACAAUUCUGCUGCUAUGACUGUGUUCCAUGCCCAGAAGGGAAGAUUUCAAAUCAAAAUGAUAUGGAUGACUGUUUUGAAUGUUCAGAAGAUCAUUAUUCAAAUGAGGAAAAGAAUGGAUGUAACCUGAAAGCUAUGGUGUUUCUAACCUUUGAAGAAACCCUAGGAAUUGGUUUAGCUGCAGAAGCUCUUGGUUUCUUCUUCUUGACAUUUUGGGUACUUGGAACUUUUAUUAAGCAUAGGGAUACUCCCAUUGUCAAAGCCAACAACCGGUCCAUCACCUACACCCUGCUUGUCUCUCUUCAGCUAUGUUUUCUCUCCUCUUUCUUCUUCCUCAGCCAGCCUGGCAAAGUGACCUGCCUCCUCCGACAAUCCACUUUUGGCAUCACCUUCUCUGUGGCCAUUUCUAGUGUAUUGGCUAAAACCAUCACUGUGGUUGUUGCUUUCAUGGCAACUAAACCAGGAUCUCAGAUGAAGAGAUGGGUGGGGAAAAGAUUGGCUUUUUGCACUGUCCUUUCCUGCUCUCUCUUCCAGGUGUUUAUAUGUAUUCUUUGGUUGUUGACAUCUCCCCCAUUUCCUGAGUUGGAUAUGCAUUCAGAGCUGAAAGAAAUGAUCUUACAGUGCAAUGAGGGAUCAGCUUUCUUUUUCUUCUCUGUGUUGGGCUACAUGGGUGUCUUGGCCAUUGCCAGCUUUAUUGUAGCUUUUCUUGCCCGUAAAUUACCUGACACCUUUAAUGAAGCCAAGUUCAUCACCUUCAGCAUGUUGGCCUUUUGCAGUGUGUGGAUCUCCUUCUUUCCAUCCUAUCUGAGUACGAAAGGAAAAGCCAUGGUAGCUGUGGAGGUCUUCUCCAUCUUGUCCUCCAGUGCAGCAUUAGUGGGAUGCAUAUUUUUGCCAAAAUGCUACAUCAUAGUUUUCAGGCCUCAGCUAAAUCUCAGGGAGCAACUCACAAAGAGAAAUUAG